AUGCAUAGUGCAAAGAAAAAGCUUAGAAAAAGCAUUGUAGUUAAUUCUGAUACUGAAAAUGAUGAUAAAGAGAAUGAGUUUACUUCAAAAAUUAGUGAACUUGAAUAUAAAGAAUGGGUUCUGGCUUUAAAAGAGCGUAAAAUUGAUCUAAGAGAACAAGAGGCUAAAGUCUAUUUAAUGGAACUAUCAAAUUUUGAAAAGGAGUAUAAGUUAGAAUUUGUUAAAUCUUGA